CCUGCUGGAGUCCCGCAUACGAGAACUCGACUGGGCCCUUCAGCGAUGAGAGCGAACAAGGCUCUCACGGAACCAGAACCAGAGGGAAAGCCGUGAGGGAAGACAGCACUUGUCUGAAACUUGAAGGGCAGAAACAUGUCUCAGUCAGGUGAAAAAGUAAAGUUUUCCGACUCGGCAGGCUAUGUGGGAUUUGCUAAUCUGCCCAACCAGGUUCACAGGAAAUCUGUGAAGAAAGGCUUUGAAUUCACACUCAUGGUGGUUGGUGAGUCUGGCUUAGGAAAAUCCACUUUAAUUAACAGUCUGUUCCUGACUGAUCUUUAUCCAGAACGUUAUAUUCCUGGAGCUGCAGAGAAAAUAGAGAGAACAGUUCAAAUCGAAGCCUCUACAGUAGAGAUAGAGGAGCGAGGGGUGAAGCUGCGUUUAACUGUAGUUGACACACCAGGAUAUGGAGAUGCCAUUAACAGCCAGGACUGCUUCAAAACAAUUAUCCACUACAUUGACAACCAGUUUGAGCGAUACCUACACGAUGAGAGCGGUCUGAACAGGCGCCACAUCAUAGACAACAGAGUCCACUGCUGCUUCUACUUCAUCUCUCCUUUUGGGCAUGGACUGAAGCCAUUAGAUGUCGAGUUCAUGAAGGCUCUUCAUGGAAAAGUCAACAUUGUCCCUGUGAUUGCCAAGGCUGACACCCUGACGCUGAAGGAGAGGGAGAGGCUGAAGAGAAGGGUUCUGGAUGAGAUUUCUGAACAUGGCAUUAGGAUUUAUCAGCUCCCCGAUGCAGAUUCUGAUGAAGAUGAGGAGUUUAAAGAACAAACAAGAGUUUUAAAGGCUAGCAUUCCCUUCGCUGUUAUUGGAUCCAAUCAACUUAUUGAGGUGAAGGGGAAAAAAAUCCGAGGCCGCCUGUAUCCCUGGGGAGUUGUUGAAGUUGAAAAUCCAGAGCACAAUGAUUUCCUCAAGCUGCGCACAAUGCUGGUGACACACAUGCAGGACCUGCAGGAGGUGACCCAAGACUUGCACUACGAGAAUUUCCGUUCCGAGAGGCUAAAACGCACUGGCAAGCCUGUUGAAGAGGAAGUGGUGGACAAGGAUAGAAUCCUCCAGCAGAAAGAGGCUGAGCUGCGCCGCAUGCAGGAGAUGAUUGCCCAGAUGCAGGCCCAGAUGAGGAUGAAGCCUGGUGAUGAUUAAGGUGCUCAACAUCUGGAUCAGCAUACGCUUCUCUAAGUGGAUGGGUGCUCUCUUUUCUUUGCCCGAGUGGUAACGUUCAAAUGCAAAAGCUGGAUGCCACAGCCCGAGACCUGCGUUAAAACAAACACGAAGUCUGAAGAUCGUGUUGUAAAACUGCUUCUUUUUAUAUAAUCAAUGUUAUUCAACUUAAAGUGUAUCUUUUUGGUUCUUUUGGUAACACUAUCUUCGUACUUACCGAUGUGGUUUUAUUAUCCUUCCUAUACCUUUUUAUUCAGAAACUGCCAAGAGUAUGCUGUUUGGGCUAGUCAUUGUGGUGGGUUUAAGGAAUUAAUCAUUUAUCUGCUAGGUUGUUCUGAACGGUUUCGUGGUUAAUACUAAGACUUUGUGGCCUGUUUACAGUAAACCUUUGUGUGUUUGCACAGUAUUAUAACUUUCACCUGCCAUUUUAGGUUCUUAUGUAUCGUAUCAGUUUUCCAGAACUUUCUCUGUGCUUUUGUUGCUUUUGAAGCUUCGUCUCUGGUGAUUUGUAUUUGUGUGAUGUAUGAGAAGAUGUACGAAACGCUGAUGAUUCACCAGUGAUUGGAAAAAGCUGACUUUCCCAAAUCGCCGUGCCUUAAAACACCAUGAACGCUCCACACACCAACAACUUGUGUGGAUGCCUCUGGAGGUUUGGCUUCAGGUCUCAAGUAGUGAUGGCAAAAAUUUGUCACAGGCAUUUCUAUCUGUCAGCUGAGCGAUGGCAUGUACUGAUUUUUUAUAUAUUCCAUAGCACUACUUUUCAUUGAAGUUUUGUAAUAAAUUGUAUGAAUGUGGAAAA